AUGCCAGGCACAGCUAUGAGUGUCUAUUCAAGAUACGCGUCACGAGAGCAUGAUAAAGAAUAUUUCAAACAAUUAAAUAAACAAAAGAACUCCAAUGAUGUUCAGGACAUUACAAUCAAUCAAUUGAAUGGUACUUUUGACAAUUAUCAACCAGGGAAGGACAAAAGUAAAAGCAAAAACAAAGCCGUAUGUACGAAGAGUGUUGAUCAAUGGCUAUCCAUAUUUCCCGGUGCUACCUUCUUCACUGCCUAUGAUGACAUCUUAUUUGAACAAAUUAUAACAAUUGUAUAUCGAAACACUGAAACUGAGAAAAUAUGUACUGCUUCAUUGACAAAAUUUGGAUUGUCUAUCUAUGAGAAUAUGAUUCUUGAUUUUAGUUCACGAUUUUGGCCAAGUUGUGAAAAUUUAUUACCUAAAUACAAAAAAUCCAAUGUUAAACGAGCUCUUGCUAUAAGCAAUUUGAAAAAUUCCAGUAAGUUAUUAAAUCAUGCUGGUGAAAUCCCUCAAUUACCUAGAUGGGAUGAAAUUAAUGCUGGUACUUUAGCUAACACCAUGUCACUAAUGAAACACAAGACUCCAGAAGAAAUAGGUCAAGAAUUAUUAAAUAUUGGAUUACUUCAAGAUCACCAAAUGACUUCGACCAUAAUGGACGUUCUUUAUGACAACACAUCAUCUACAGCUACUACAGAGACAAUUACCCAGAAUAAUAAGUUGGUCAAUUUAUUAGGUGAACAAUUAGAUCAGGUAUUUGAUCCAUUGUUAGAAUAUUCUCCAGAAUCAUUGAUUGUUUCCUAUACUCCCCCUGCUACUUCUCAGGAAACAACGAUUCCAAGUGACACCUUAAUUAUACAAUCAAUUAUAGAUGAAUUAAUCCAAGUCCAGGCCAAUUAUACUAUCGCCUUAGUAAACAUAUUACAAGAUUUCAUAAUUCCGUUAAGAAUAGCAGUGCUUGAUUCUGAACAUGGAUUAACAAGAAUAAACCAAUUUUUCCCACCUACAAUUGACGAAAUUACAAGAAUAAACUGUAUUUUACAUAAUUCGUUAGCGAAAGCAAACAAGGUUAGUUAUGUGGAAGUAAUUAAAGCACUUGGGAUCAUAAUUCCAUAUUUCUAUAAGGCAUUUAUACGUCAUGAAGCUAACCUAAAGAACUUUGGCAAAAAGUUAAACAAGUUUUAUGAAAAGAAUAGACUAACUAUAUUUGAAAAUCAAAAGAUUAAUAAAGGUAGGUAUAACGUUAGAACCAUGAAUUCAGUGAUCACGGGGUCCUUAUUAGAAUUACCAAAAUUGAAAUUAAUUCUCACAAGAUUAGUUGCAACAAUUGAAUCUGAACGUGUUGGUCUUGGUGUAGGAGAAGAAUCAAUUCUGUCUGAAAAUGAAAUCAUAAUGCCAUAUUUCCAGUCUAGUAUCGAGGUUAUAGAUGCCUUUGGAGGGGCAACCGAAGAAGAUCACGCAAUUGAUAUCAAACAAAGAGUGUUUACGCCAACAGGUAAGAUCUUAACUGAAUUAGCCACAAAUUGGCCGGCAGAAUUACAAUAUGGGUGGUUAGCUAGAAAAGUGGUUGGAAUAUAUGAGUUACAAAAUUGUAAACCUAGUGCAGAUUCAUUGUUCAAUAUUGAUGUUAUGAUUAUCUUUUCUGAUCAUUUGUUAAUUAUUACCAUCACUGAUCCAAACUAUUAUUUACACAAGGAUGAUAAAAAUGAUGUGAAGCGUCUUAGUGUCAGCGAUGUCUUGAUGCAUUCGUUAAUUAAUGAAAAGCCCUUACCAAGCUUAAAGUCCAUUCCAACUAUGGAAGUUACCUGUUGGUCCGAGAUUAAUGAUGUGGUAAUUACUUCAUAUAUCGGUUUGAAUGAUGCUGAUUGUAUUCAAGUUAUAAAUACUUCGCUUAAUGGGUUUAAGUCUUUAAAUAACCACAGCACAAAAUUCACCAGAAACUAUUUGAUUCUCAAUGAAAACAAUAUUCAACAUCAUUCUCACAAUAUAAUUAAGCUGUUAAAUAAGGCAAAGAUCCUUCAUAAAAGUUCUCCAUUCCAUUUUUUCAAAUCAAGAAGUGAUGAAUUGACUAUAUUCCACACAGCUCAUGAUAUAAGUGUUUAUGAGAAAGAAGUUUCCAAGUCACCAUUUAUGUUGUGUUUAAAUAUGCCAAUGGAAUGUCCUGAUGUUUAUUUCCAACAAAAUCCGAAUCUAUUCUUGAUCUUACAGGCUUCUUUCACAUUUGAUCAAAGAUUACAUAUCACAGGAUAUGGUCCUAACCACCAAAAGCGAAUCAAUGAAGUCAUCAAUUGUGAUGACUUUUCACAAUAUUUAAAAACAACCCUUGUUUUCACUACUCAAAGUAUUUUCAAGACCUAUAACAGAAUAACCCGUUCUUUGAUCGGUGGAAACAGUCAUGAUUUGUUAUAUGUUGCUAAUGAAUUCGUGAACCGAGAUGAAAAGAAAUUGUUAGAACGUGCUAAGGAUCAAGCAAGAUUAAGGGGUCCAGUUAAACUGCUUUCAGAUUUAUUUUCCGUGCCUGAAGUAUAUAUGAAUAAACUUACUUCCAAAGUGGAAUUGAAGCAUUCAAUGAGACCAGAUGUUAAUACUCAUACAGAUACACUAAAACGAGAAACCGGGAAGCCGGAUAACAAAAAGAAGAAUAAACGAAAAUCUUUUCUGCUGAAGCUUUUGAAACCUUUCCAUAAGAAACAUGCAGAAGAAGACAAACCACCAGUUGUCCAGGAAAUAAAACAGGUACCAACUCCUAUCCAUAAAGAGAACAACUACGGGCAAACUACAAUUCCUAAAGAAAGAACCAUUCCAAACACAUUCAUACCUAAAGGAACCAAAACUGAAUUCACCAACACCCUAAAUCCAAAACCUAAGUUGAAGCCUCGUGCAGACUCCUUGAGUUCUCAGAUUCAAGAGAGCAAGACCAUGUCUAGACUGAGCACAGUUAGACAUACACCUCCGCUUUCAAUUACAGCUGAACCAGUAAGACGUUUUAGUAAACUCGACGCCGAACAAACUCCUUCCCCUAAUACAGUGGACAUGUCAUUCCGCCACAUUGAUAUUCAAUCAAAUGUUGAAUCUGCUGAAGCUAUGGCAGUUACCCCAGUUUGUGGUGGUGUUGAGCUUGUGGAAGUGAAGUCUAAGGAAGCUGCUACUUUAUCGGAUGGAUCUGCUUUGACUAAAGGUGAAAAUCCAACCAUGAAGAGAAUUCCCAGUGUCGAGAGUCAAAGAGCUGGUCUUCUUUCCAGUCAUAAUGUCUUUGCUAAAUUGGAUAGGGAUCAAAUACCACUUGAUGAAUUUUAUGAGGAUGGGAAAUCAAAUUGGGUUGUUGUUAGUUUGAGUAGGGAUAAUUCUACCUUGUCUGAUGAUAUUAAAUUGGUUAAUAAAUCCGAAGAAGCGAAUCAAACCACCCUGUCUGAGAGAACUCUUGACCCAGUUCAAGAAGAUACAGAAGAAGAUUUCUUUGCUGAUCUGGAUAUCGAUAAAUUGAAACAGAGAAUUGCGGCUUCCAAGAAAGACGUUUACAACAAGCAAAAUCCAUCAUAUUCCCUGAUUUUUUCAAACAAUGGUUCCAAGAAUGUCUCUAGAAGGACCCUGUCAUAUACUCCUCCAGUUAUCGCUUCUGGUAGACAAAAUUCGAGAAUACCACGUGAAUUGUCAGUUCAAUCAGUAACUCCAUCAGAAUACGCUAACGAAUUAGGUCAAUUGAUGGAUGAAGAAUUUUCCAAUCACCGUACAACUUACCAAAUACCAGAAGAACCAAUUUCUUUCCAACCUUUCCAUAGGAAUAAUAGUGUGGUGACAUAUAAUACUAGUACGGAUAGUCAAGAAGAGUUUUAUUCUCCAGAUGAAUAUUCCCGCGAGGAUAUGUUAAGGGCAUUGAAGCUUAAUAAUAAUAGUUAUAGUAGUGGUAGAUCUAGUGAUGCUACUAUUACAGAAAAUCAGGUUGAGGUGAAAACUAAGCCGAUCAAUGCAGAUAUGAGAGAUGAAUCAAUUGCUCAAUUAUCAGCAAUUUUACAACGCGAGAUUAAUUUUGGAGAUUUUGAAUUAUUAGUCUAA